GUAUAUUUGUUAUCAAUGCGCCGUAAAAUUCACGAACAAAUUGUUAUUUUGCCCUAAACUAAAGUACGCAUUAUAAAUUAAAACGUUUUAAACAACGAUACAUUAUUACAUUGUGAGUGUCUUAAAACCGACAACAUGGCAUUACCAAGAGCGCAACCCGCAGAAGUUCUUCGAUCAUGGCAAAAAGAUGAUCUUUACGAAAAACAACUUGCGGAAUCUUUGUCAAGAUUGUUAUCAGCAAGAAAUGUAUCCAAGGCGAUACCACUGUCUAAUUUAAUAUAUAGAUCACUCACCACACUACAGGACCUUCAAACUCUUGGCGAAGAAUAUUCUGGUAUCGUGCAGGUCGAUGAAACUUAUAACAAGUUACCAUCACAUUGGAGUCGACUACUCAGCAUCUUACUGUCAAUAUUUGGCGAAAAUAUCACAAGAGUGAUCCUCCAAAGUGCAGAAAAGCGUGUACAACAAGAUCCGUCACUAACUGUAGAAGCACAGAACGUAUUUUUGAUUACAUUCAAAACUUUGAGCAGUAUAAUACCUCAGAUACAGAGUAUUCAUCGCGGGAUUGCGUAUAUUAGUGGCGGGCCUUUACAGAUAGGGAAGACUGUGGCUGGUAUAGACUACGUGCAUGUCAGACCUGCCGCGGCUGCUUAUUAUGCGCAUUUAAGACUCCUUGGUGUUGUUACUCUGUUGCAUGCACUAGUAUCUUGUGGCCAGAGUUUGUACAGAGCUAAAGCCCAUAUGGAACAAAUGAGAGAAGUACCAAAUGAAGUAGACAGCAGCAAGUCAUGUGUGGCCUGCUUAGAAGAAAUUAUUCAGCCCUGUGUGUUACCCUGUGGUCAUAUAUUUUGUUUGCAAUGCUCGUAUGGGGCACUGGAAACAUGCGCAUUAUGCCGCUCACCGUUCACCAAGAACUGUGUAGUUCCAUUGAUGAAUUAUUUUCCAGAGAGUUCAUGAGACUGGGUUUUAGGGAAAGGUGCAUUAACCCAUUAUAUGCGGUGCAAAAUGUAGAUCCACAAUGUAUUUUCUAUUGUCGUCUUAUAUACUGCAUACAAGGGGUUAAGGGUUUUUACUGAACAUUAUAUUUUAAUCUAUUGACAUAAGUGUUGUGAUGAUCCCUCACAGAUUUGGCAUAAAAGCCAUUAUUCAAUGUUUUUCCAAAUAUGUAAUUAGUCUUAUUUACAAAGGACUUGUGAAGACUACUUUUGUUCAAAGUUUUAAACUUAAAAUA